AUGCCCACGAUGUCCUCCACGUGGAUCGAGGAGCGGCCGGGCGACCACGGUGGAAGUCCGGUCGGGCGGCGAACAUACCGCGAAAGCUCCGCGGAACCAUCGGAAGCAUUCAGCAACAUCAGCAACCAGAGCACGGGUUCGGGUCGGUCGGGUGUGCGCCGAUUCGGGGACAUCUUUCGCAACCGGCUAAAGCUGGCCGGUGUGGCGGCGAUGCGUACCUUCAACGAAAGUUUCCCGCAGGAGUGCAAGAUACGCGCGGACGAGGAGAACGGUGUGCAGACACCGUCACCGAAGCUGCCAAAGGUUGGUGUGAAAAAUGUCCGGGCGACGUCGUUUGAUGCGCUGGAUGCGGUACUAGUAAACGAACGGGCAAUCGGAAGCCGGGAUCGAACAUUCACCGAGCGAAGCAAUACGUUGGCGGGUAGUGGUCCCAUUGCCGAAGGUACUACUGGUAGUGGUGGUGCUGCUGGUACUGCAGGUCUAAGAUCGAGACGGAGUUCGACUAUGUUCCGUCAGCGGACCGUACAUCGUGCCACGAGUGGUGCUAAUGCAAAAUCAUUUGCUGAGGACGAAGUGAUCAAGAAGAGCGAUCCUGCUAGCAAAGUUGGACACCCGCGACAUACGCGCAAAGAGGACAAAAAGACUAAACCGGACGAUGCGGUCCCGGUGGCACCUCGGACGACUGAUUUCCAUGGCAACAAAGGACAACCGGACGGUGAGCGGGGACGGUUGGCAACGCAUCCGCGCACCAGUAUUGUGCACCGCGAACCAAUGGACGAGGUCGUCGUUGGGAAGCCACCGAGCCGUGAACGCGUGAACUCUACCUCACACUACUCGACCGAGAAGAGUGGCUCGUCGGGUUACUACAGCACCAACCUCUACUCGACCGGUGGCUCCUCGGUGGAUGAACACAUCUACUGUGAACCGAUCGAUCGUUGUCCACGCACCCAGCGCCUUGAAGACGACAGGGACCUAAAACGUUCGAGCACGGUUAAGUCUGCAAAUCAGACGGUGAGUGAGCCAGUGAAGUCUGGUGCAAGCUGUGAUAAGAAGCGGGGUGGGAAUGAUCAGGAGCUAUCGGAAUUGCAGCGCAAUAUACGGGGAUUGGAGCAAUACUACUACCCAUCGUCGUUGGCGUCUCCGGCUGUUCCCGUGCAGAUAAGUGUGAUGCGAGCGUCUGUCGCUCAGCAACCAUUGCAUGCAUCUUCCUCUAUUGGUGUAGAUAGUAGUGGAGGUGGCGGAGAAAAUUGCAUCGUAGGUUGUGAAGUUCCGGACCGGUCUGAAGAACAGCAGGAACAGCAACAGUUGUCCGUCAUUAUGGAGGGCACUGAUGGACAGAUCCCGCGACCAAUUUGGCCACUCGAUACGGACGACUCGCUGAUGGAUAUCAAUCUGGAAUCAUUCCGGAUGGCGAACCAUAGCAGUCAAAAUCUGAUUGGAUUUGAGAGCCCCACGUUAUCCUCGGUCUCCGAGAGUGAGAUGUAUGCGAUGCGCGAUCAGGCAACGGAUGGCGCAACAGAGGGCACUAGUCGGAAGAAGUCUCAGUACGAAGAGUAUCUCGAGUUCCAUAAUACGCGCAACAUCCUAGAACAGAUACGGGGCAAAUUGAACACGUUGCUGGAACAGCGAACGGAGCAGCAACAACAGGAUCAAGCAGCUCCAAGGAUACCGAGUUCCGGUAAUCCGUUCGUUAAGGAUCCAGGACCGAGCGAAACGGAGCUGGAAAAGAACAUUGCCAUCUUGAAGGCGGAUCUGGACGGGUACUUGCGGACGAUGAACCAGAAGAACGAGAACGAAAUCCGCCGGUUCUGCAAGGGAAUGAGCCGGGAGCCGAAGGUGGUUGCUGUCCAGAAUGCGGUUGAGCAACGCAAUCGGUCUCGUUCCGGGUCGAUUCUAAGUCUGGAGCACGAUUACGAGUUGCUGGAGCGAACCGUACCGUAUCCAACGUCCUGUGGUUCGGAAUCACUGUUACCGUACUAUCAAGUGCUACCACCGGACAUAUGCGAGGGACGUCCGCCGGCAGCAUUACCAGCCGCAGCACUGGUGCUCAACCGACGCAGCCCACCGAAUCCGUUUGCCCAGGAAGUGCGCCAACAGGGUCAACCAGGAUCAAUCGGUGGUUUACAUUCACUUUGUUGUCAGCAGCGUUACCUGAACAGUGAUGAAAUUCGGGUCUGCAAUCGGUACGGGGGCUGCGAGCGAACGGAUCCUAAUGUGGCCAUCGAUAUGCCGGACAGUGACGACGGUGAGGCUGGAAAGACGUUCGUCACGUCAACUAGUCGCGGUGGUGGUGCUCGUAGUGUUGAAUGUCGAAGUGUCAGUAUUGGUAUGCCGGAAGAUGAUACGGUGGAGGGUGAUAGGGUGAAGCGUGGGUCACGUGUGAAGCUGAAAACCGACCCACCGGAUGGGUGCUCGGCGAAGGGUGAGUGUGUGAGUGAUAGUGGGAGCGGGGGGCCACACAUGGCGCACUGUGAUUUUAACCAGCUGCAGCGCAACAUCACGCUCGAGCGCAUCAUCCUGAUGGAGAGCCUCGGCAAGUCGCGUAACGGCCAGUUCGGUGAUAAGGAGAAGAUGCUGCUCGAAUGGCACCAGAACAAACCGAGCUGCUGGGAGCUGUACUACGGUGCCAAUCGGGAGGAGCACCCACCACAUCAGACGCUGAUCCGGAAGAUGAAGCUCGGCCGCAAGAGCACGGUGUGCAUUUCUUACCCCUCAACCCGUCCGGAAUCAGACUUUACGCUGGACGUCCCGCGUGCCGAGCAGCUGCGACUAAAGAUGAAGAAGGAAAAACAGUUCCGCAGUCGGUGCCGCUGGUUUUUCUACUUCUUGAGUGUCGUCUUCUUUCUGCUAUCGGUAAUGGUGGUCAGUUUGAUACUGACCCGGGGAAAGCGCAUGUUUGGAAGCAUGAUAUAG